AUGGUUACUAAAGGAAAAUUACCUAGAUUUCCUGCUGAGCUUUGGAUAGAGAAAGCUCUCACCUUUUCAAAAGAAAGAAAGGAAGAUGACUUUGAAGCUAUAUUUUCCCUACUGGUUUAUGGAUUGUUAUUGUUCCCAAAUAUUGACAACUUUGUUAAUAAGAAAAAUGUCAUCAAAGUCUUUAUGAAAGGACACCCUGUUCCUACUUUGCUUGGGAACACUUACUACUCCAUUCAUUUGAGGAAUUACUAUGGAAAGGUAAUGAUCACCUGUUGUACUCCUUUGUUAUACAAGUGGAUGAAGACCAUAGAUAGCUAUGGUAAUUUCCCCAAUGUACAUCUUCUUCGUAUAAAAGGAGGAAUCAAUUAUAGCCAUAUUCUAGCUCAUCGUCAAUUUGGGUUUCCUAUGGACAAAAGACCAAGGAAUAUCUUAUUGGAUGGAUUUUUCCUUGAAGAGGGAAUAGAGGACAAAGAGUUUAAAGAAAUGAUUGCUAAUACUUGGCAUCCAAGUCAUAGAAAAGAAAUCAAAGAUUGGAAAACAAAAGAGGAUCUUUCACCUGAGCCUUUAGUGGAAUGGAUUAGUUCAAGAGCUGCUGAACUUAGGGUGCCUUAUCUCCCUGAGACAUCUUCACCUCCUAUUGAAAAACCAGUUGCACGUGUUGUUUCUCCUCCAACAAUGGAAGAUCUCCAAUUAGCUCUAAAGAAGAUGAAGAAAUCACGAGAGUUUUAG